AUGAGCCAACCAACUGUCAUGCUUCGAACCUCGCUUCGGCGCUUUUCUGCCCAAGCACCCAAGCCAGAGAGCAGAGCUCAGCGAUAUCUGGCAGCAUCAUGUAUUGUCUCUGGUGUCCUGCUGCCGUUUAUUCCGCCGGCCUUGGAGAGCUCUCGGGGAAGGAAGCUCGAUCAACCGCCUACAAACAAAUAUCCUCCCCUUUGCUUCCAUGCACGCUAA